UUUGAUUGAUUGACUCAAAUGACAGUUAACUUAUUUUUGUCCGAAAACUAAUUAAAAGUUAAAUUUUGUGAUCGUUCAAUUAGUUUUAAUUAAGUUUAACAACCAUGACAAGAUCAUCGGGAUUUAGAUCUCCACUCGAUCAACAAUCAACUUUAAUCAACAUUUCAUCAAGUAUCAACAUUAAUUGUGGUGUUUAUUGGGAUAUUGAAAAUGUGAGUGUCCAAUGUGGUCAAUCAGCUGAUCAGUUUAUCAAAUUGAUUAGAGACAAAGUGAUUCGGCCGAAAGGAUUAAAAGAGAUUGAAUUUAUCUGUGCUUAUGUACGUGGUAGAGUGACCGAAACCAUUGAGGGUCAAAUUAAAUCUUUGGGAGUUACAAUUGAUUAUGUUAAUGAUCAUCCAAAUGCUGCUGAUUUAAGGUUAAUUCAAUACAUCAGACGAUUUGUUAAACUUCAUGGAUUUGGUUGUAACAUCAUCUUGAUUAGUGGUGAUACAGAUUUUGUUAAAACUCUGGUCCGAUUCCAGAUCCAUUAUAAAAUCAAAAUUUAUCUAAUUCAUUGUAAGAAUCAACGAAGUGAUUUACUUGAUGUAAUUGCUGAUGAGCUUUACUUAAUCAACGAUGGACACUUACGAUUAGUAACUGGAUCUUGUGACUUUGCCGUAAUCAAAGUAACCUUAUCACCCGAAGUUAAUUAUGUGUCAACAAUUGAAAGUGAUUUAAAGUCAAUGUUUGAACAUCAAGGAGCAAUUAAGGAUUGUAUCUAUCUGGAUGAAAAUGACCCUAAGUGCCCUGGAAUCGGCGUUUGGAUUGGAUUUCCCAGCAAAGAAUUAGCUAAAAACGUUGCUCAUGACAAAUCGAAUCAACCUUAUCACAAUCACCCUUUGGAUGUUAGAUAUGUUCAAUAUCCUCCGAGUUUUAUUAUUAAUAAACUGCAGAAAUAUAAUGUUAGUACAGUUCGAGAGGAGACAUUUAAUAUACUUCGAAUUCUAACCCCGAAUUCAUUUUCAUUGGCUCGAAGCUCCUCAAUCAUCUCGACCUUAUCAUUACCUUUUAAAUCAAAAUCAAUCGCUUACUUAAUUGUCACCGGGUUCCCUAAUAGCUACUCUCAAUUACAACGUCGUCAUCACUUGAGUGCAAUACUUGGUAAAUCAUACAGAUCAUUUUCGUCGGCUGGAGAUUAUGUCUCAUUAGAAGUUCAUCACGCUUACCAGGCGAAGCAUUUCACCGAUAAAAUCAACAACUCUAAUCACAAUGGACUUAAAUUGUCGGUGACUAUUAGCAAAGAACUACCGAAACAAACAACUAUAACAACUGCAACAACUGUGACAAGAAAACCACCUCAACGACCAGUGAAAUCAGCACCAAAAUCACGAGACACAAUUGUCACCGAGCCAACGUAUUAUUUCAGGAGACCGACCGUUGAGCCUGUUGCGACUCAUUUAGAUCAUGAUAAUUGCCACUGUUGUCAUUAUUUCAAGUUAAUUUGCUUCAUUCUCCUAAUUAUUUUCAUCAUAAGACUUUUGAUUAAGAUUUUUUAAAAUUUAACCUUAAAAACAAACAAUUAAACUAAUGAUAAACGUUAUUAAUUAA